UGAAAACUCAAUAAUGCAACAAAUAGAAGCAUCAGAAGAUGCUGGAUGUAAACAAGAGUGGAAGAACAAACUAAACGCUGAAACUGAACAGAUUCGGUCUGAAGGCUAUUCAAAAGUUGCUGGUAGGCAGAAAAUAAUUGACCUCAAGCUUCAUGAAAUCAGUGAUAUUGAGAAGAAGAUGAAGGAUUUGUGCCAUCAGAAAAUCCCUGUUGACAGCACUUUAAUCAGGGCCUAUACCAGGCAAAAGAAACGGCUUGAAGCAUUUGGGAAGGAUUCCAGACCACUGAUUCUGGAACAUUUUAUCCCACAGAUUAAAGAUCUUGAAGAGUGGCAGAACCAAUCUAGUUCACAGAUUCAAGCUGAGGCAGAGCAGCAGUACCAGUUUAGUCCACAGUUUCCAGAAGAGAAAGAGUUUCAGAACCAGUCUUUACCUCAGAUUUCUCCACAGACAAACUGGCAAAGCCAGUAUUGUCAGCCUAUUAAAGACAGGGCAGAGUGUCAGAGCCAGUCGAAACUACCAGUUAAAGAUAAAACAGAGUGGCAGAGCCCAUCAAACAUUUACCUAGCAGAUGAUGAUCUCAGACUGGAAGAUGCACUUACUGACCUGAACAUAAAGGACCCAUAUGGCAGCAGAGACACAAAAGCAAAGUCAUUAAUGGACCCUGACAUAAGAAGUAAUACACCAACAAACAGAAGAGCAAUGAGCCUGCAACAUGCUCCUUCUUAUGCUGAUAGUGGCUACAGAUACGAAGACAGCUAUGUGGAUGGAUGGUACCAGUUUGGCAGUGAUACAGGGAACCCCUUAUCAGACAGAUUUAGAAGCAGUGAGAAGAAGCCAACACCAGCACCACCAGUUCCAGCAAUACCAUACAAAGAAAGCAAAAGGAUGUCGAAAUCAGCAGAAAUUCAGUCACAUUUUGUCAGUGUAAUCAUAGACAGAGACACUGCUCACCCAAAUCUAGAGGUCUCAGAUGAUGGCAAAAGUGUGUACUGUGGCAUGAAAGCAAAACCUGUACCAAAGAGUCCUGCGAGGUUUGACAAAAUUAAUUCUGUGGUAGGAAUGCCAUGUUUCGGCAGAGGAAAGCAAUACUGGGAAGUCAAUGUGGAGAACAAGGCAAGGUGGGUUCUGGGCGUUUGUAAAAUAUCUGCAAGAAGGAAUGGUGAUGUGAAAGCCUGUCCAGCAAAUGGUUAUUGGGUCAUUAUGCGCCGAAAUGAAGGUCUGUUUGAGACCCGUGUUGUUUAUGAAGCCUGGGAGGACAAGAAAAAAGUCAUCCCUAUGGACAUACUUCCAUACAAAAUUGGAAUCUAUUUAAACUGUGACUCUGGUGAGCUGUCAUUUUACAAUGCAAAUGAUCCUAAUAAUUUAGUGAAAUUUUUUACAUUCUGGGGCACAUUUAUAGAUGUUGUGCCUUUUUUCGAUCCUUGCUGGCAUGACAAAGGUGGGAAUAUGUGCCCACUUCGGAUUGUUCCUGGUCCUUAAUCAGUAACAUCUGUGUGGUGUCUGUGUGUGUGUGUGUG